UCCCCGAGAGAGAAGGAGGUGGGGGUGGGUUAUGGUGAAAAGAGAGAGAGAGAGAGAAUCUCUCUCUAGUCUGAGCGGAGAUGAUCUCACCUUGUUGAGUGCGCAGUCUCUCCACUGCUUCUGGAGCUAGCACAGCCUCUCCGUCUCUUUAAAGGUAUAGAUUCCUUCUGGGGUUUUAUUUUCACAGGCGCGAUGGCAGCUCCGCUGGUCACCCUGGAUGAGGAAUGGCAGGAUUUUUACGAACUGAAGCCGGGCCGAGCCGGGGAGCCGACACCGUUAGAGGCAGAGGAAAGUCUGAACGAGCUGGGGUCCCUCAGCCCCCUGGUACUGACACAGCCCCUGGAAGAAAUGGGCGAGUUGGACAAUUUCGGCACCGACAUCAUCAGUUUCAAGUCCAUGGAGGACCUGGUGAACGAUUUCGACGAAAAACUCAACGUCUGCUUCCGAAAUUACAACGAGAAGACGGAGAAUUUGGCUCCCGUUAGAAAGCAGGCGGCGGAUGAGGAAGAGCUGAUCCGCGACGACGAGAUCUGGGAUGCUCUGACUGACAACUACAUCAUGAACGCUGCUGAUGACUGGCGGACAGCGCGACUUCAGGAACUCAACAUGAAUCUCUCCAACCUGGAGGUCAGUGACAAGGAUAGUAUCACUGAGGAUGCAGAAUUAAUCGAGAAGUUGGACAUCAUUGUAUCCUGCAAUAGUGAGGAGCCUCUCUUCACAGCUGAACAGGUCAUUGAGGAGAUUGAAGAGAUGAUGCAGAAUUCCCCUGACCCUGAGAUUGAAGAGACUCCAUCACAGUCCGACAAACUCACGGUCCUCUCGCAGGAUGUCCAGGUUUUGAAACCAUCCAGCAGCAACAAUAACAUCCAGCUGGAAGACGUGAAGCAGCUGACUGAGGUUGAGGUCGGCGAGCUGUUGGCACAGAUUGAAUUGGCCGUUAAAGAUUACUCAGAGGAGCUGAUCCAACAGCUGGCACUGCGUGACGAGCUCGAGUUUGAGAAGGAGGUGAAAAACAGUUUCAUCUCCAUUCUCCUGGAGGUACAGAACAAGCAGAAAGAACACCGGGAAACAAUGAAGCGGAAGAAGAAGGAGAAAGGUGGCAUUUCAGCAAGUUUCCGGCAGGAGAGAGCGAGUCACAUGCCUGUGAAGCGUUUUAGCAUGGAAGGAAUCUCCAGUGUCAUCCAGAGUGGCAUUCGACAGACAUUUGGAAAUUCUGGCAAUGAGAAACAGUACUUAACCACAGUAAUACCGUAUGAGAAGAAGAACACACCUCUAACGGUUGAUGACCUUCAAAUUCUCACCACAAUCCUUCUGGCCAUGAAGGAGGACAGUGAGAAGGUACCAGUUUUACUGACAGACUACAUUUUAAAAGUUUUGUGCCCAACUUAAAUCCAGGCCACAACGCUAUUGAAAGCCAGGAUUGACUGGGCUGCCAGAUUCCCGCUUGCAGACUGCAUCUUGAGGCCAACAUAAUUUCCUGAUUUCUAAACUAUGUGAAACUGUCUCCAACGACCUGAAGAAUGGGCAUGACCAAAUGAAAACAAUGUGGUUCAUUAUGCUUCAGGAAGGGUUUUGUAAAUAACAUAUUUUUAAGUAUCAGCUGAUACUUGUUGGUGUCAAAUAAUACAAUGCAGAAAUUAUCCAUAAACAGUAUAGAUACUAACAGGAACAUUCUGACUGUAGCUGUGCUUAAUCUGACAUGAUUGAUCAUUAGGCAUGUCGGGUGCUGGGGUCAUAGGAAUUAAAGCCUGUAUAGUAAUCCACUCCUGAUUUUGGGCAUUUCCAGUAAGUAUCACAGAAAUAUUAUCCAUUCUGACUUGACUCCACUUCCAUGAUGUAUCACACAGAUCUUCUGUUAUGGGCUGGAGAGACAAAAUAUAAAGCAUCUUCAUUAAAGUCACAUGGCUGCCAUGUUACUGCAAAUAUUACAUGCCCAAAGUAAGGAAUAUUGGGGAGUAUCCUGUGAGAUCAUUAGUAGUUGUGUGUGCACCAGAUCAGAUGUUCCUCAGAGCCUGUGGGAUCUAAUGAGGCAAACAGCAGUAUUACCAGGGGCUGAUCUGACAACAACUAGUAACAGGUACCAAGUGAUAAGUGGUCUCCCGUGAUUGCUGGUUGUGAGUAUGACAGGCCUUUGAAGUGGAAUCUUCCAUACACAGUAAUUGGAAAUUGGUUUCUGCUGUAGACGCCACACUUAGGGAAGGGAGAUGUACUAGUCAGCCAAAAGAAAUUUGCUCCAAUUCCAAUUCAGGAAGUGAUUUUGAGAGGAGAGAAAAUUGCUUUCUGAUUGCUAACACUCAGCAUUUCACAUUUUUCCCUCUGCCUAUUAAUGGCCAUGUUGCCUAAGACACCAGAAUUAUUUCAGCAGAUAUAUCCCCGUUUUUAUUGUACCUUCCACAUCCUGGAUGGUAAAGAUAAAUUACUUGGCAUGUUAGAGAUUAUGUAAAUAUUGUUCCAGUGUAGUGUUCCUGAACAGACUCGUGCCCAGUGAAUCUGAACAUCAGUCAUAGUUCAAUAUUACCUCAGUGGUGCUCUGAUUAUUUAUUUAUUUUCAUGAUGAUUGAGUUUAAUAUAAAGACUGAAUUGUAGCCUCUAAGACAGUAGACUUACAGAAUACAAGCCUUUGAAAAGCCUGACCUUGCAGCCUACAUUAUUUAUCGAUGGUCAGUUCUCUCGCUAGGGGUGAUAUUUUCAUGAAUGCAGUUUGUCAGUAAUCUUUUAAAAAUUAAAGACACUGCAAUCCUUAAACUUGUUUACUGGUAUAGUGGGAAUCGGGAGCCCCAUAGACUAAAAAGCUGUUAUUAAAAGCAAUUCAAAUUUUCAAAAUUGGUUGGGUUUAGGGCAUUAAGCGAUAGUAGAAUCAAAGCAAUGCAGUUAAGACACAGAUAAGCCAUGAACUAAUUGACUGAUCGAACAGGAUCAAGUAUUUGUUUGGCCUGUUCCUGACCCAACACUCCUAUAUUUGUAGAUUACUGAAGCUCACAAAAUGGUUUAUGCUUUAUCUCUGAAACACAUAAGCAAACUAUGUGCAACUAUCGGGAAAGCACCUCUAGCAUUAAGAAGUGUCAGUCGAUUUCAGGUUUGAUUUUGUCAUGCAGAAGUUUUGCAAUUUGAAAAGUGCAUGUGGGGCCUGAAUAAUAUAGCGCUUGCUACAAAGUGAAGUUCAAAAUUUAAACAAUGCAUUUGAUAACAACCACUGUUAGAUUCAUAUCAUGAAACAGCAAGGAAAUGGAUGACACCUUCACAACUUUAUCAAAAACAUCAUCUUAUACCAGUCAGUCUGAAUUAGGUUACAGAACUUUGAGGCUUAUUGGGUCCCUGCUCAAUUUUACAUGCCAAGGUCAAAUGCACAAGGAUGCAAUAGAUUAUAAAAUCACCCGUAAAUGAAAGGAGUUCUCGUAGUGUCAAACCGUUCCUUGUGAUAUGAAUCCACAAGGCAAUAUUGCUCACAAUUUCACACUAAUCAUCCUCUAACCUGAUGCUGUUACUCAGAGAGGUUGUAGGGAUAAGGAAUUGGAACCAUUAAAUGGGGAAAGGAAUCUUUUUGCCGAGAAGCAACAUGGUUUCCAAAGAGUAACAAGGACAUUAUUCCGCGUUUUCUGAUUGCUGUAGCUAAUCUGGGAGUGUUCAAUGGAACGGUGAAUAAGAACUUCACUCUACUUUUACCCCAUGCUGCUGCAGAACUGAUAAAGCCAAAGCAGACAAGAUGCGCUUAAAUUAAAAAUUAAAAGAUUGAGGUUUCUGAUUGGAAACAAAAUCUAAACGCAAAAAUUAAGUGGUUAAUAAAACCCUUUGUAUCAAUGGUCAAACUUGCAAGCAGCAGCUGUAACUUGUGAUUUGUCCAAUUUUAGGCAAUUUAGGUGAUUUUGGACAAAAUUAUUCUCAUUCCAACAAGUGUACAGCCAGCCUCCAGAUGAAAUGUAAGUUUGUAGGGGCAAAUAAUGUGGCUACAAUGUUGGAAAUAAGGCUAGAAAUCUAAACUCAAGAGGAAAGACCCAGAAAUAUAACAAGCCUAAGUCUAAAGAAAAGGGCUGAUCUAUUUGGUUGGAGUCCUUUCAUUUGAGUACUAAUGCCCUGCUAUAAAUAUUAACCCAGAUACUGGUGGAAUUUUCUGUGUAAUUGACUAUUUCUGGUAUUGUUUUUCAAAGGCUUGUGGAUGCUGUUAAUAAAGAGAGCUAAUGUAUCUGGAUUCUCUGUGACGUUGCUCUAGCUCAAUAAGUGAAUGUGUUUCAUUGACACUGGAGGAUGAACAUUAGUAUUGGUUACUAAAUUAUGCUUUUUAUGUAAGUAUUGAGAGAAUGGAACUAGAAAGUCUGCCAAAUGAAUGUUUCUCUGACUGCCUUCCUGUAAUGAUAUGUAUGUAACUUGCAGUGUUUCACCUUUAAAGAGACAAUACCUGUAUAUGUUCGUUUUCUGUGUUGUGUCUUGACAAAGGAAUCAGUCUAGACACCUUCUCUCCCACAUUCCUGUUAUUCAAUUAUUUCACAAGAUAAAAGUAUUCCAAGAUCAGCCACCUUCCGGUGUUAUUUUCUAGCUGACACACUAAUUACUUUUGCUGCACAAUGUCUCUGGUUGACUCACUGGGAUGUCCACCUUCAGAGCCUGGCAUUAAUUAUUGACCUAAUUCCUGUUCCUGUACAGUCAAUGCAACAAGGUAUUGUAGCUUUGGUAGCACACAGCAUGACAUCUCUGUGACAUUUUGUCAGAGCCUGGUACUAAUCAGGACAAUUUGCAAGAGUAUCAAGGACAAAACCAAUAAUAAUUCCACAUGAGAGGGGAAUGCUAAUUGUUUGACAAGUGGACUGUGAUUCCAAAAGAAAAUGCACCAAUCAUUGAUGAUUGACAGUUCAUUGACAGGCUUUGUUUAAAUUUUCAACCAAGCAGGUUGACUCUGCUCAGGGCAUUUUCUUAAGAAAUGGACCAGUAAAUGCCUGUCAACUAUUUUGUUCAAUUGAAACAGGUGCAGUGUGUGUAUAUGUUUUUUCCUGUCUGCAAAGUGCAUGGCCCUGUGUGUUAAUACAUACAGGCAAGUGUACCACACUGUGAGCCCAACUCAGUUGACUUUCAGUGUAAUUCUUUACACACAGAAUUAUUCAGAAAAUAGUUGUCAAAUUGCAGAAUCCCAUCCAAUGGUGGAUAUUGCGUUGAGAAUUUUAUCAGCAUGGAUUAAUUAGAGUCAGUACCUUUCUUAUAGCAAAGUUGCAAAGAAAUAUGAUGUUAGAUAUGAUCCCACCAGUCUUUGUGAUGUAUGGCCUACAUAUCUGGCAUCACUCUGGCACUGCAAUUGAUAGACCACAUUACUUAUUUGUGGGAUAGGCAGAAGGUAUUUUUAAAUUUACAUCAGCACCCUUUUAGUAGCAAAUAACUCUCAUGUUGCUGCUGUAAAGGCUACUACAUGGUGCAUUCACCAUGACAAUCAGAACAACUAGCCAACCAAGCAGCACUGUCUCCUGAUGCAGUAUAAAUUUUGGUUUUCCCUUGAAUUGAUAUUUCUUGAAAAUUGUUCUGAUUAGAACAAGAUGAAAAGUUUUGACAAGAAGUCUUCCGAUGGCAUUGUAACUUUUAACAUUGUCACUCUACCCCCUUCACCAAUACCACUUCCCCAGCAACAUCACUUGUAUUUUAUGAUUGGUCUGUGUGCAGUGAAAACAGUGUAACUACUUCCUGCUUCUCCACCCCCACCAAGCCAUGGAGCUCCACAUUGAUCCAAUGCAGUAUCCCGCAAAUGAGAACUCCUGGUCUUGCCUAGGCAAUGAUGGAAAGUGCUUACCAUCUUCAGUAGCAGGCAGAAUGGAGUGUGAGGUGGUUCAAGGACAUGAAGGUAUCAUUAAGGUAUGAGAGAGACACCUGGUCCUAUCUCCUGCCCUGGUAUUGGGGCCUGCCUGAUCAUUUGUUUUAAAGACAGGGUUUUAGACUAAAUUUCUCUUCCUGUCCUCCACAUCUGAGCCACAUGUACUCCCCCUCCACCACCACAUCCCUCAACCCAAAAUAGAAGCUAAACUUACAUGGGGUGAAAUACAUGCCUCAGCCUGUCACAAGGUCAGAUGAUCCGUUUGAGGAAUGACUCCCUCUUCCUGAGCAAUAGGAAAUGAUGCAAUUUACUGUAGGUGAAGUUGGUGGAUUAAAGAGUGGCUAUUUGGUGGGUAUCAUGCAAACCAACAAAACUACGUUAUCUGCUACACACUGAAACCACUACAGACAGAUUUAAAUUCCGCCUUGUCACUCCAUUUAGAAAAAGUGAUAUUGUUUCUUUAAAUAUACUUCUGUAGCUGUUGCGCGUCAAAUAACUGCUAGACAUGAUAAAGUUGCAAUUGAAAAUGUUAGCAUUAUUAACAAUAAAGGUUUGCAAUAUUUUA